AUGGAGAACUGGCGCGGAGAAGUUGAGAUUCAGUGCAAUGCUGUCGCGAGGGGAGAUCCUCAUCACACCGGGCCCCCGAAAGCCAUUAAGGUCCCGGGCUGGCCCCAGAUGACGGGCUUUCCCUUCUCUGCCGCAGCGACCAUCGACAACUUGGCCUUCAUCAGCGGGAACCAAGGCGUGGACAUGUCGACCUCGAAGCUCGUCGAGGGCGGCGCGGGGCCGGAGACCACGCAGACACUGAAGGACAUCCAGGCGUCCGCCGAAGCGGCAGGGACAGGUCUCUCGGAAGUCGUCGCCUGCGAAGUGUCCCUUACAGACAUGAAGAACUUUGCCGACGUGAACAAGGCCUACGCAGAGUUCUGGCCUUCCUUGCCGCCCAGCCGCGUGGCAGUGCAGGUUGGCAAGCUGGCCCGAGACGCCUCUGUGGAGAUCCGAUGCCUCGCGGCCAUCCCUGCAGGGCCCAAGAAGGAGCAAGUCGAGUUUGUGGUGUAG